CGAACCAAAGGGAGACCAGCAUUCUAGACCUUAGCUAGAUGACUCGCUCCCGCUUUUCCGAUCAACUGCAAAGGCCCUCCAAUAAGUUCGUACUCGCACUCGCACUGUUUCUUCCACUGCUGGGCUUUCGAGAAGGAAGAAAAACAACACACUCACACAACGAACUAACUAGGGUUAUUCAUAGGCAGGAGGAAAGAAGAAGAAGCAAGAUGAUCGACAGACAAGAUUGUGUUCACUAGAACUUUCGUGCGUGUGUGUUUGUCUUUUAGCUUUAAGAAUGGUCCACUAGGUUUUCGUGUAAACGGCAAAGAUGUAUGUUAAACGCAAUAAGUUUUGAAUGUUGAAAAUAUCUCGUUUAAAUACUAAGUUAAAGCAACGCAUAUAAGCAAACUGGAUACUGGAUACCGGCACCUACAAUAAGCGAAUAAGUUUAUAAUCGUAUCUAUUAUACUACAGGAUUAAGUUGUUGGGUUUCUUGUGGCAAACAAAUAUCGAAUUUCGUAACAUUUAAGUACCGGCAUGAAACCGAUGAUUGAUGUAUAAUGCCCAUAGCAGUUAAGUUAAGUAAUAAAGUAGUCGGUGGUGUUUCGAUUGUUUAUGUUUUCUUUUUUUUUGGUUUUCUUACUAUUACUACUACAACUAUUACUAGCCAUUAGAGAGCAGCGAUUGCACCAGUAACGAGGCUGUUUAGAACUAUGCUUUCAUCAACGCUUCAAACUCUACCAUCUAUCCUAUGGCACUGCUUGCAAACUUCCGGCCAAAAGCGAACCAAAAGCAAAUACAAAACCGAAAAACGAGAGAAGGCUUCUAAAUAGUACUGGGGGGGAAAAAGCUCCAUGCAUUUCCGCAGCAUCCGGGACAGUUACGAAAAGCAAAACCAGAAACCGGAUUACCGUUCCUGCAAAAUAGAAAAUAAUCGCCGACAUCAGAGUAGGCAACACCGAAUCCGUGCUCGUGUGCAUCCUUUGGGGCUGGAAUCAAAUUAAUCUCAAAACCCUUUGGCUAGACAUUCUUUUGUAUACAGUUAAUACUACCGACUCGUUGAAGCUUCUGUCAAGUAGACUUUUCAUACGUGUUUGUAUGAUCCAUUGAUCCGGCAUGGCCUUUUCGGGUUCUCCAAAAACGAAAAAAAAAACACCAAUCCAUUCUAAAGAAUGCACACGUGCGACGGAUGCUUUGAUGAAGUGUUUGAGAGCCGUACGGGUUUUGGGAGGGGCGAUGUUUGACACUCUCGAAACUCUCGAGCCAACUGUAUGUGUGUGUAUGUGUUAACCGUACGAACCCUGUAUCUCGUGCGUGUAAUCCAUGUGUCUCUCUUUCUCUUUCUCUCUCUCCCGUCUGAAGUGUCCUACCCUCUGUUCUGGGUAGGUUUUUCACGACCUCCCAACCGAACGUUGCUUUCAAACGCAUCAAAGGGUGAGGUGAAGCUUAUUCUGAUGCCACUUCCCAAAAUGAAUAAAAAAAAAAAUAACGAAAAAACAACGUACGACAUCGCAAACCGGCAAGCGCCUGAAACGCGGCAAAGGAAUGGCAGCUCGUACGUAGUGACAAAGUGUAACACACACCGCGUACACUCGGAAAAGCUUCCACUUCUUUCCGGUUUCAGCGAGCUCGCGCGUUUUGUGUAUGCGUUAACGUUGAAGUGGCCAAGUAAACACUCGUGUGCCACCCGGCCACCACCACGACCACUACGUGGACAUAUGAUAGACGAUUGAAGCAGCUGUGUAAGCGUGAAGAUUGCGUUUUUUUGGGGGGCAGUGCCACAUAAAACACCGAGAAAAUGGAAGCGAAAAAUGAUGAGCAGUCACGAGUGGUCUGCAAGAAUAGAAGGAGCCAGGGACAACGCACAGUCCGGCCGAACGAUCGAUCGAAAAUCAAGCGUUUCCAGCGUGAUGAUACGGUUUAAUUGUUGAGGUGAAAAAGUGUUGAUUUAACCCGUCAUGCGUGUUUCGUUCAUAGCUAGGAUAGUAUUUGAAGUAGCGAACACAGGUGAUUAGUAUCCUCCAGGGCGAGGGAAACGAUGUAGAAUUUAAGGUGCAUUGUUUUGUGUCUUUUGUGUUUUUAACUGAUUAAAAUGGGACAGCGGGGAAUUAUUCGUGAUCUCUCGCAGCUGUUUUGUUGCAAAAGAAGAAUUUACGAACGAGGAAUGUGUACAGGAAGGUAUGAAAUGGAUAGAGCAUGGUCACUAUGCAGCCGGUUUGCAAACGAAUAGACGAAUUACGUUUAAGAAAGGUUCCAUUGUUUUCGAUGCAUCAUACAAAAAGUAAGCUAGAUAGGCAUUUUGAAAACGUGCAGUAAGGGAAAAAUCGACUACGUUUUGGCGCUAGUUCGGUAGGAGUUGAGUUUUUGGUUACCGGUAUUUGGUUGUUUUACGUUCCACUGCAUUUGUAAUCGAGGACGACGAAGCGAACGUAAAGGUAUCGAACAUGAUAACAUUGCUUAGUGCUGUUGGCACUUGCUGUGGAACCCCGCAGGGUACCCCCAACCAUCAGCAAAACGUAGUAGAGAGCGGUAGUGUAGUAGUUACCCGUGAAACUACAACAACAAUAAUUAAACUGAUGUCAUAAUGAUGUGGUGAUAGGGUGAAAGGAUGUGAAAACUAAUCCUCUCCUACCGCCAUUUCUGAGUGUGCGUGUGUGAUUGUACUAAUAUUCAUUCAACUAAUUCGACCGUUAUACGAUCCGAACUUAUUCAAGAAAUUUAAAGAAGAUAAAAACCAAAACCCUUCAAGUGUUGUGAACAGCAGAUAAAUAGAUACAUAUACAUACUAAACUCAUAGAAAUGCAAUACUUUAGUGAUUAAAAGAGCUAGAAAGAGCGGUUACCUAAAUGGUAAAAGCAAGAGAAAGCAUAAACUCAUUUAUACAAUUCAUUAAAGUCGUACACUUUUCUAGAUUUGGAUGAAUUCAGGAAUCAUAAUCGAUGUUGUGUCUGUAAGUGUGUGUGUGUUUGUGAAAACUAGUAUAGAGAGAGUAUGGAAAGUGUAAAACAUGAAACUAUUUAAAUAGUGAAGGUUAAAGAACAGGAAAAACAGAAAACAGGAAACAAAUCGUUUAAAACCAUCGAUAUAAAAUGAAAAUUGUGAUUAUUUUCAAAGUACAUAGGUUGGCUCUUCUGUUAACAGCGGAACCAAAACAAACCUUACCUAUACUUUUCCGCCUGUGCUAGACAACACAGAGUUCGAGAUCACUUACGAUCACACCAUGGAACAGUUCAGGGUAGAAUAGGAUCCAAACAAUAAAGCGCAUUGUCGAUCAAGCUUUACGAAUCGUGGCAAAUGUUUGAGGCAAAAUCAUAUUUCAUUCCUAUCGUCAUACACACAAACACUUGGAAACACUCGCGUAUAAUCAUGCUUACUCUCCACAGCUAUAGUUUAUGACUGUUACGGAUGAUAAAGAUGAAACUGUAUAUCUAUCUAUAUUUCCUUAGCAACCUCAUGCAGGGGGCAGUGCAAAGAAUCGAAAACCAAUUGAACACAUUGAAAUCAAUCCAAAAACUACCAUGCAACAUGCUACAAAACGAGAAACAAUAAUUACUAUUACUAGAGAUGCAUUUAGUGCGAACGAUGUGCGCCCAUUUGUUACGCUGCGUUCGUUUGUUCCCUGUCCCCAGACAAAAAAGCCGAAACAGCUAUCACAUCCCGUGAAAGUAAAUGUGCAAAGCAAAGCAAACAGGCGUAGAAUGGAAAAUGUAUUGAGCUUUUUUUGUGACUGUAGUAGAGCUAGCCGAGUCGAUUGUAUCGGAAUGUAUCGGAAUGUAUCGGUUACAGGAAGGACCGAAUUAUAGCAAUUACCCACCAACUAAUGCGUAAGAUAGCUGUCGUACUAAGAGUCGAAACAAGUGGAGCUAGUGUGUGAGGAACUUUUAUAAAGUUUCGCGUAACUGUUGUUUUGGCGGAUUGUACACAUUGCGGAUGGUUUGUCGAGUUGAGUUUGCCAUACAUAUUUAAAUCGUCAUAUCGUCAUACAAAACAUAGAAAGCAAUUUGUCUCCGUUCGUGAAUUGAAAUUUUUAAAAGCAAUAUAGCGAUGAAUGCUUUCAGUUAAGAAAGGUUUUUUGUUUUUGUUGGGAAUACAGAGUAAAGUGAAGUAAAAUUCCGAAUUGCUUCUUUUAGCGGUGGCCCACCGUAUCCACAGCCCCCAAAAAAUAAAAAUAAAAACAGUGACCAAUUAUUAAGCUCAACGAACAAUAUUUGAAAGAUUUGUAACGAAGCGAUGCGAUGCCACACGAAAACAAUCAUUAAAGAGAGGAAACGAAACAUAGCUGCGAUGUGAAAAUAAAUAAUGGAAUAUUAAUAGGAAGAAAAAGAGAAAAAACAGAUGCAAUAAGCAAAAGAUGUCCCUUGAAAUGACAGUAUUUAUUGUAGAAUAGAAAUAACUAAAUGCAAAGCAGCUGGUAGCAGUUGCAUUAGCGGAAAACAGAGCAAAUCAAACCCAAAAACAGAUACAAACAGUUACUCAAUCUUCUUCACACUUUUCCAGUACACAACAGACAUUGGCAUGUUCUUAAACAGUUGUAUCUAGAUAUAGAUAGUUGCUAGCAUGGGAGAUAGGAAACCUAAAAUCCAAUUCACUAGAACGUUCGAUUGGUUCGAUUAGAAGAAGGCAAUUGUGUGAUCGUUUGGCAGUAAGCUAGGCAUUUCCGAUAUGCUAGGUCCACUUGCCAUGGAUCAAUGCAGUUUUUGGAAGGAAGAAAACGGAAGGAAGUGUUUAACACACACCGUUAUUGUGCUGGUUGGAAAGCCAUUAACUACUCUGGUUGUUUCAUCUUAAGAUACUAGUGAUAGAACCCCCCUUUUUGCUAGACGUCGUGCUCUUCACUACUCAUUAGUGUGAAUCAUAAGUUUCUCGGUUCCUUCUUAACUCUUACUCUAAACUCUUAUCAUGAGCCAGUCAGUAGAAUCGAAAUCGGAAUUCAUAUUUAGGCGUAUUUUUGUAUCCCAGAUCUGCCACGAUUUUUUAUAGUUCUGUAAUAGAGAUAGAAUGAAGAAAGGCAUACUAGCAAACAAACUAUUUCUCGAAACUUACAAACACUGACAAGGAUUGAUAAAUGGAAAAAGAAAAAAAAAAAGAAGAUGAGUAAGUAAAAAGAUGAAGCAAACAUUAACUAGAAAAUGGAAAACAUAUUUCCGCAGAAAAAAAAACACAUAAGCUAACGCAAAACAUAUUUAACCGUGCAUUGUGAAACCCCCCCCCCCCCCCCGUUGUGAAUCAUACAAUAGUGCUCGUAGUGGCAGACGACAAGCUAGCAGGCAGUACAAGUAAAUGGAACGUGGUAAAUGUAGCAUACGAAGAGAAGUGUGAAAUAGAAACGCGUAUGUAAGUGGAUGUGUAUGUUGAAUGGCAACUCGAUGCAUCAGAACAGGAAUCCGUUAAACGAAGUAGAGAGAGAGGGAGAUAGAGAGCGAGAGAGAGAAUUGUAAAAAUAGAUAGACAUAUCAUUUAAAACGUUAAAACGAAAGCUCGAAACAAGCAAAGGAUAAAAUCGUCACCGUACGAAACGUAUGAGCGUAGCAAGAGCGAAAAGAAGGAACAAUGAACUAUGUAAGAGGGUGGAACAAAAAAAAAAACACGAUAAACCACACGAUAAAACACUAAUAAACAAAACAUAUUCCUAUGAUACAUUUCUAAUCAAAAACAAAACUUUGUGCAACGCAACAUUUGGCAAGCAAAGGCAUUUGGCACGUGUGCAGCGAUAGACCUGGAGUGAAAAAAGCGAUUGUAGGACACUUUUCCUCUCUGUGCAAGAUCUGCAUCGGCAAGAAGAAGCGAAAAAGGAACCGAAUAGAUAAUAAAUGUUGUAAAAAGUCGUAAAAACUCGUAGGGCCAAGCGGCAGACAGACCAGUAGCGAUGUAAAAGCAGGCGAGGUGAAAGAAAAGCCGAAAAUGUAACUUGAACUAUUAUCAAAUAAAAAUUCUUUAUUAUAAUUAUUAA